AUGAUAUCCCCUCCAUCCUCGUCAUCGAAUCCAACUCCCACAGCUCCUUUAUCUCCGACAUCAUCGAAUGUAAAUAAUAACAGUUCUGCAUCUCUACUUUAUCCGACUAUCAUGUCGAAUUCUAUUGAACAAUCCCGUCAUAGUUACAUCAGUUUAACUGAUGCGAAACAAUCACCAUCACCAUCUCUUAAUUUACGUCAUCAAGGAGGUACGUCUCCUUCAAUGCCAGUAGAUCGUCAUUCCUCCUUACCCGAUAUAACAGGUGGUUCCGGAUCAACAUUAUCUGCAUCGGCUUCAGCUCCAGCCAAGUUACUAUUAACACGUACAGCUUCAACAAUCGAAACACUGAAAGUAUGGAGUAAAACAACGUUUAAAUGUACAAAACAAGUCAUUAGUGAAAAACUAGGAAAAACAACAAGAACGGUUGACAAAGAAUUAGAACAGCACAUCGAACAUUUACGAGAUUUGAAACGUCGUUAUGAAUCAAUGUUAGCAACUAUACAAAAAAUGGCCAUCCACUUUUCAAAUUUAUUGACAACACAACGAAUGCUAAGUGACACAUUAGACCUUCAGCAAAAAUCUGGUGAAUUAGCAGAUGAAUUUGGCUAUAAUGCAGCAACACAACGUUUAUUAGCGACAAACGGAGAGCAAUUAUUAAAUGCUAUGAAUUUUUUUAUUUCAACAUUGCAUACAUUACUAACAAAAACAAUUGAUGAUACCCUGACAACAAUCAAAUCAUAUGAAAAUUCACGAAUUGAAUAUGAUGCAUAUCGCAAUGACUAUGAAUUGUUGUUGGCAAGUAAAUCUACAAGUGCCUCAUCGUCGUCAUCAGAAGCAGAUGAAAUAAUUCAACGAAAUUAUCAUCAACAUAAACAACGUUACGAAAAAUUGAAAUUAGAUGUAACGAUUAAAUUAAAGUUUUUGGAUGAAAAUAGAGUGAGUUAAUUUAUAAUUCUUUCUUUUUCAUGGCUAAAUCUAAAUAAAAUUCACCUAGAAAACGUCAAUUUAUCAGAUGGUCCAGAAAUAAUGUU